GGACGGAGACUUGGGUUGGGGGAAGGUCCCGGGAAUGCGGGACCUGUCGAGAGUCUUGGCCCUGAGGCUAACUCGCCGUGUGACCUCUAGCGACUUCUGAUCCUUGGACAGGGUUUCUGGGAUUUGUAGAACUGACAGGGUUGGUUUAGGUAAUCCCAAAGAGCCUCUCCAAUUUGAGAAGCAGUGAUUAGGUUCGGUAGACUUUCGUGAUUUGCGAGUGCUUCGAGAAGUUGCUUCUGAUGUGGAGGCAGUCGCCUGCUUGUUUCGUGUUGAGUUUGGGAGUACUUAAGAUGGGUAGACUGGCCCUUGAACCUAACUUUUCAUUUGGGAACAGCCUUGCUGAGAGGUGGUCAGUCAAGAUAUAUCAGAAAUGUGACUGCAGAGAGAGUGUGGAGUUUCGACCCUAGUCUUUGAAAACUGUGGACACAUAGACCUGCUAUUUGAUAGGAAUGGCUCAAGAUCAAACUGGCUUUAUGUAAAUAUGGAGAGAAGUGAUGAGAUGCAGUAGGCAAAGUUACCAAGAAAACUUGGAAAAUUAAUCAGUUGAGAAGUGAAAUGAAGGGCGAGGGAAGGGAAUGUUUAGAACACACUUAGGUUGUUAUGGUGAUAUCUAGCAUUGUUUAGCAAUAUCCAGCGUUUGUCUAAAACUUUGCCUUCUUUGAGCCUCACAACACCUCUGAAGGAGAUGGUAUUGUCCCUGCAUUACCACUUAAAAGAGAUUGUGGUUUAAAGUCUAACACAGCCUGAGACACAGUAGGUGCUCAGGAAGUAUUGAAUGAAUUAAUCAGAAGGGGUGUGGCUUGUCCAGGUUGGCAUCACUUGGAGGAGUAGAGACAGAGCUCGAACUGGUCACAUCACAGUUUUUCAAGAGUUCACUGUGAUUGAAAACUUAGCUUUCUCUACAAAGUUUGAGCCUAUAGAAAAACAAAAUGGGUGAAGGAAAAUGAAGAGAAAGCUUUAAAAGGGAUUCGUAGUUGAGAAUAUGACAUGAACAUGGGGAAGAUGAGAAUUUAAGUGAAAAAUAAUAACUUGGGCAAGUGUUCAUUUUCAGUUGUCAUUGUAACCAGUGAUGGAAAGGAAGUUGCAGGCCUAAUUUCUUGGUUGCAUGAGGAAAUGCUAUUAUUAGAGCCUUGAUAAAUAGAGAAAUGGAAGUUUGGGGGAAGAGGUUAAAUAAAUAAGAAAGAGAAGUUGAAAGAAAAGGUACUGAAUCUUCCAAUGUCAGGGAAAUUGGGGGAUAGAAAAAAUGCCAUCUGUACAGAAAGUCAUAAUGAAGCUAUUGUGUUGAUUGGUAAGUCUUUGGAGGAUUGUCCUCUGGAUGAAGAUGAAGAUGCAUUUCAGGGCCUGGGAGAGGAGGACGAAGAGAUUGAUCAAUUCAAUGAUGAUACAUUUGGGUCAGGUGCAGUUGAUGAUGAUUGGCAGGAAGCACAUGAGCGCCUGGCUGAACUGGAAGAGAAGCUGCCUGCAGCAGUUAAUGAACAAACCGGCAAUGGGGAAAGGGAUGAGAUGGACUUGUUGGGUGACCAUGAGGAAAAUCUGGCAGAAAGGCUCAGUAAGAUGGUGAUUGAAAAUGAACUCGAAGACCCAGCUAUCAUGAGGGCGGUACAGACCAGGCCAGUGUUGCAACCCCAACCAGGAAGUCUGAAUUCCAGCAUCUGGGAUGGAUCUGAAGUUCUGAGGCGAAUCCGAGGACCCCUGCUUGCUCAGGAAAUGCCUACAGUGUCUGUGUUAGAAUAUGCCUUGCCUCAGAGGCCCCCCCAGGGCCCAGAAGACGAUCGGGACCUUUCCGAGCGUGCAUUACCAAGGCGGUCCACCUCGCCUGUCAUUGGGAGUCCUCCUGUUAAAGCUGUCCCCAUAGGCACCCCACCUAAGCAGAUGGCUGUGCCCAGCUUCAACCAGCAGAUUCUUUGUCCAAAGCCUGUCCAUGUUCGGCCCCCAGUGCCACCACGGUAUCCUGCUCCCUAUGGUGAGAGGAUGUCUCCAAACCAGCUCUGCAGUGUCCCGAACUCCUCCCUGCUGGGCCACCCUUUCCCCCCUAGUGUCCCUCCUGUCCUCAGCCCCCUCCAGAGAGCACAGCUUCUUGGAGGAGCGCAGCUACAGCCUGGACGGAUGUCUCCCAGCCAGUUUGCACGGGUCCCUGGAUUCGUGGGCAGCCCACUUGCUGCCAUGAAUCCCAAGCUGUUGCAAGGGCGAGUCGGGCAGAUGCUCCCCCCGGCGCCAGGCUUCCGCGCCUUCUUCAGCGCCCCACCCCCCGCUACACCGCCACCUCCGCAGCAGCACCCCCCCGGUCCAGGACCCCACCUGCAAAACCUAAGAUCGCAGGCCCCAGUGUUUAGACCAGACACAACCCACCUUCACCCACAGCACCGCCGGCUCCUGCACCAGAGGCAGCAGCAGAGCAGAAGUCAGCAUCGGAAUCUCAACGGUGCAGGAGACAGAGGGGGUCACCGGAGCAGUCAUCAGGAUCAUAUCCGAAAGGAUCCGUAUGCCAACCUCAUGCUGCAGCGAGAAAAAGAUUGGGUCUCUAAAAUCCAGAUGAUGCAACUGCAAAGCACUGAUCCCUACCUGGAUGAUUUUUAUUACCAGAAUUACUUUGAAAAACUGGAGAAACUGUCAGCUGCUGAAGAAGUGCAAGGUGAUGGCCCGAAAAAGGAGCGUACCAAGCUCAUCACGCCUCAGGUGGCCAAGCUGGAGCACACCUACAAGCCAGUGCAGUUUGAGGGCUCUUUGGGAAAGCUCACUGUCUCUAGUGUGAAUAAUCCCCGAAAAAUGAUUGAUGCUGUUGUGACAUCUCGGAGUGAGGAUGAUGAGACAAAAGAAAAACAGGUUCGGGACAAAAGACGAAAAACCCUUUUCAUAAUUGAGAAAACCUACAGUUUACUGCUUGACGUGGAGGAUUACGAAAGGCGUUACCUCCUAAGUGUGGAAGAAGAGCGACCUGCCCUGAUGGAUGAAAGAAAGCACAAAAUUUGUUGCAUGUAUGACAACUUAAGGGGGAAAUUGCCUGGACAGGAGAGGCCAAGUGAUGACCACUUUGUACAGAUCAUGUGUAUCCGAAAGGGGAAGAGAAUGGUGGCCCGGAUUCUGCCUUUCCUCUCCACAGAGCAAGCAGCUGACAUUCUCAUGACAACAGCCAGGAACCUCCCUUUCCUCAUCAAGAAGGACGCCCAGGAUGAGGUGCUGCCAUGCCUAUUGAGUCCCUUCUCUCUCCUCCUCUACCAUCUUCCACCAGUGACUGUCACCAGCCUUCUGCAGCAGCUGAUGAACCUACCUCAGAGCGCAGCGGCCCCAGCUCCGUCCAACCCGCACCUCUGUGCUGUGCUCCAGAACAAGUUUGGCCUGUCACUGCUCCUCGUCGUCCUGAGCCGCGGGGAAGACCUACAGAGCUCAGAGCCCGCUUCAGAAUCGGCGCAAAGCAACCCAUGGACGGAGGUGAUGUUCGUGGCAACCCGAGAACUUUUGCGGAUUCCCCAGACUGGCCUGGCCAAGCCAGUCUCUAUACCCACAAACCUAGUAUCCCUCUUUUCUCGUUAUGUUGACCGACAGAAACUGAACUUGCUGGAGUCAAAACUGCAGCUAGUUCAGGGGAUACGGUAAAGGCUCCACGCGUGUCCUGGCCUCUGGCUGCCUCCCGCCCAGCUGCCGUCACCAGUGGAGUGUGGUUUUUAACGAGGGAGGGAAGGUAGCUCACUCCCCAGAGCGUCUGGUGGGACCGAGCCCCACUCACAGGGGUUGUCUCUGAAUGCCAGGUACUCCCCACUGCUCUGUGAAAUGUGGCUGGGUUCAUCCUUGUGCUGGUUUCCUUACCUUCUGUGUGACAGUCCUGCAUGUCCCACUUGACUAGAUUCUUCUCCAUUCUGCCUUUUCUUUGCCCUCGAGACACAAACAUAACCUCUCCCUUCAUCCCCCCACCACUGCUCCAGCUCAGAGUAGGUCGUAGCCUGCCACAGGAUUCCUUCCCUCCUCGCCCCUUAUUAAUAUGACUGUAGGAAAGCUGAUGAAGUAGAAAUAUAUAUAUAUAUGCGCGCACACACACCCCGGAUUUGUACGUUUAUGUGGUCUCCAAAGGGUCCUUAAAGAACGAGUUUAGGCUGAGAAAUUUAGUUGACACACGAUCCCUUCUCUAACCACAAACCAGCUGAUGUGUUUUUAAUCUGCUCCUCAUCCAUCUUGUGAUUAAUUUGAUGGGUUCUACUUGUUCUAAUAAAGUGUAGGGUAUGCAGCACGCGUAGUAAACUCAGAGCUCCUGGCUGGCCGGUGCCCGGCUCUCAGCUGAGCCGCCCUCGUCUCCUCCCCGCUCGGGUUUCCUUCGGUCCUGGCCACCGCGGUGGGGACGCACGCGGUCAGCCUUCGUCCGGCCCCCGCCGCGGGUACUUGGGCCCGUGCCUUCAGGUGCGCGGAGGCUCGCGGGAGACGCCGACUGGAGCCCGCUUGCCCCGCGCAGCUGCACCACCCUUGCUCGUCUUCCUGAGGCCGCUGCAGUAAGCCAUGCUCUGACCCCCUUCCCUGCCUCCGCUCGGUGUCCUGCGGGGAGCCGCCGCACCUCCCGAGGCCGCUGCCCGCCGCGCCGCAGGCGGAAGCGCUGCCCUUGCCGCUUGGUCUCGCCCGGGCGGGGCGGCCUGCGCCCGGUCACCACCCUCUCCCGCUCCGCACCCCCUCCCCCGAUGAGGGCCCAGGUCCCUGGUGAUGCCAGCCCUAGGAAGACUGCAGCUGAUGGGUCUCACCCGACUGUCCUGAGCGCACCUUGCUGCUCUCACCUUUCCGAGUGUAGUGGGGGAGGGGGCAGGUUACGGUAUUUAAUGCGAGGGUGAGUUUUGCACAUGAAUGUACAGCAGUGAGGCCCUCUGCACCAACCGGCUGUCGUGUUGUCUCCCCGCUGUGCCCCUUGCGCCCCGUCCCAUUGCCCUCACCCCCUGCCUUCCCUUCACACCCGAUCAAGUGAAGGCUUGAUGAUUAUCUCUUCUAUUCUGUGCUUUUAUCUUUUUUGUUUGGUUUUAAUUAAUUAAAAAGUUUCUAAAUUUACAUUUUUAUAGGGUAUUGUAAAUAAAAACAAAUUGUAUACUUGAAAAGAAA